CAAUAAAGUAUUUAUCAUUGCUUCGAUUUGUCGUCAUUAUAUGGAUAUAUGUGCACAUCAUGUGCGUAUAUAUAUAUAUCCAUCGAUAUAAAAUAUGGCAUGCAUGAACUUUUUGUUCCAAAAAGAAAAAAAGGUACCAAUCAGGCUUCGGAGAGAUUUGGUCUCAUCUGCUCAUUUUUCGUAAUCCUUAUCUCCUUUGUCAUCUCCUUGUUUGUUUUUUUUCUCUCUUAAUCUAAAGAUAAUCUCUGCAACGUGGUAAGACAAAAAAAACUCACCAAUAGCGAGAGAGAGAGAUGGAGUUGCUGAAGCCACACGCCGCAAACUCUUCGCCGUUGACGCCGUUAGGGUUCCUGGAGAGAGCCGCCACCGUCUACGGUGACUGUGUCUCCGUCGUCUACGGCGGCUCCACUGUCUACACGUGGCGGCAAACGCGCGAUCGCUGCCUCCGCGUCGCGUCGGCGAUCUGUUCCGUCUUCCGGAUCGGCAGAGGCGAUGUCGUCUCCGUCAUCUCCCUCAACACUCCAGCGAUGUACGAGCUUCAGUUCGCCGUCCCGAUGUCCGGCGCCGUUCUCAACAACAUCAACACUCGCCUCGACGCGCAUGCUGUUUCCGUGCUCCUCCGCCACAGCGGAUCCAAGCUCCUCUUUGUCGACGUUUUCUCCCGUGACCUCGCCGUCGAAGCCGUCUCCGACGUCGCUGAUCCUCCAAUCAUCGUCCUCAUCGCCGACGACGAAGAGGAGGGAGGAAGAGGCGUUGCUGACGAGGCGGAUUUUUCGAAAUGCCGUUACACGUACGACGAUCUCCUGGAGAGUGGAGAUCCGAGUUUCAAGUGGGCCCGGCCCGGAAGCGAGUGGGACCCAAUGGUACUUAAUUAUACAUCGGGAACGACAUCGUCUCCUAAAGGAGUGGUUCACUGCCACAGGGGCAUUUUCGUCAUGACGAUUGAUUCUCUGAUCGAUUGGGCUGUACCGAAAAACCCGGUUUACCUCUGGACCCUACCGAUCUUCCACGCCAAUGGAUGGUGCUUCCCGUGGGCCAUGGCCGCCGUCGGAGGGACCAACGUCUGCCUGCGUAAGUUCGACGCGCCGGUGAUCUACCGUCUGAUAAGAGAACAUGGCGUGACCCACAUGUGUGGAGCUCCUGUGGUGCUCAACAUGAUCUCGAAUACCACCGUCGACAAAUCUCAGCCUCUCGUGAGCCCUGUUCAGAUCCUCACUGCUGGAUCUCCGCCUCCGUCCUCCAUACUUCUGCGCGCCGAAUCCCUCGGUUUCGUCGUCAGCCACGGCUACGGGCUGACAGAAACCGCCGGUUUGGUAGUGUCCUGCGCUUGGAAGCCGCAGUGGAACCGGUUACCGGCGAGCGAGAGGGCGAGGCUGAAGGCUCGACAAGGAGUGGGAACCGUCGCGUCAACGGAGAUCGAUGUUGUGGACCCUGAAUCGGGUCGGAGCGUGGCGAGAGACGGAUCAACGAUCGGGGAGAUAGCCCUGAGAGGAGGAUCAAUCAUGCUGGGAUAUUUGAAAGACCCGGAAGGAACCCAGAAAUGUCUGAAGACAGGGUGGUUCUACACGGGAGAUGUCGGAGUGAUUCACCCAGAUGGGUACUUGGAGAUAAAGGACCGAUCGAAGGAUAUAAUAAUAACCGGAGGAGAGAACGUGAGCUCGGUGGAGGUGGAGUCGGUGCUGUACACAAACACGGCGGUGCACGAGGCGGCGGUGGUGGCGAGACCGGACGAGUACUGGGGAGAGACGCCAUGCGCGUUCGUGAGUCUGAAACCAGGGCUGAGGAGGAAGCCGACGGAGAAGGAGAUGAUAGAGUAUUGCAGGGAGAAGUUGCCGCAUUACAUGGUGCCGAAAACGGUGUCGUUUGAGGAGGAGCUGCCGAAGACUUCCACGGGGAAGAUUCAGAAGUUUGUGCUGAGGGAAAAGGCCAAGAAAAUGGGCCCACCACCGAGGAUGAGCAGACUGUAAGAUUCGAUGGAUGGUCCAAAAUAUCGUACUCUGUGUUUUUAACCAAAAGCAAUAAUAAAUAUGAAAUGUGAUGGCGGCCCGUCUCAAAUCUUGUGCGAUGCAGUUUCGUUUAUAUAAUGUACGUAACUCGAUGUCCGGAAACGGGGGCUUGAUACGGUGUCGUUUCGAAGGAUAAUAUUCGAUGUCCUUUUUUUUGUGACGAAUAUUCGAUUUUCUAUAAGUCAA